AGAGGCCGAGCAUUCGUCUCCUUCCACCUAAAGCGAAGCGCCGUCGGCUUCGGCUCCUACCUCGCGCCUUCCUCGCGCGGCGCGCCUCCCCUCCCCUCUCCCCACCUCCCUCCCUCGAGCCCGCCCACCGCGGCCGUUCGAGCCCGGCGGCGGCGGAGAGACCGUACCCGGCGAGCGCCGACGCCCCGGGAGCUGUUGGCCCCGGGUGAGGCGGCGCGAUGCCCGCGUGGUGGCCCGGCAAGUCGAGGUCCAAGUCGAAGGCGAAGCCCGGGUCGGGGGCCGUCUCCGCGGCCUCCUCCCCGCGCAAGUCUGCGGACCUCGAGUCCCCCUCCCCGACGCCGCGGGCCCGGGAGAAGGCGCGGAGCCUCGACUCGCCCGGCGCGGCGGCAGCGGCGCGCGCCCGGUGGCCGGCGGGGCACGGGUUGGUGGGGUACAAGCUCCCGGUGCCCGCGCCGGACCCGGAGCCGCCGGAGCCCGUCGGGGCCCUCUUCGAGGAGGAGGUGGCCUCGUCCGCGGGGGAGUCCAGCGCGUGCUCCGUCGGGUCGUUGGACGAGGCGCACGAUCAACAUGGGUUUAGGUCAAUGGAUCCUGUUGCUUUUGCGAGGGGAAGAAAUAUGCCAUCUGAUUCAGAUAGAAUCUUAAAUGAAGACAAGCAUGUCAUGUCUUGUAGCAUGCCACGGGAGCAUCAGAAGUUCUUUGACAUUCCUGUGUCUAGUGUCAGAGAACAUCAUUUGCACAACGACGAACCUUCAACAAGUGAAACCAGUUGCUCACGUGGAAGAACGGUAUCUGAAGAUCUUUUUGCUCCAAGAACGAGAAGCCUCUCCCCUGUCCCAAAAGGCCAUACAUUCGCCAUGAGCAAUGGAAAUUCUAGAGACUUCGGGUUUAGCCCGAGGUCACCAGUGAGGAUGAUGGAUGGUUUGAGGAGCCCACCUCAUCCCUUACCUCUUCCUCCAGGUUCUGCUGCUUGCUCGCCUCUUCCUCCAGCUUCUGCUGGUUGUUCACCUCUCCAUCCAGCUUCUGGCGCUUGCUCACCUCUUCACCCAGCUGCUGCUUGCUCACCUCUUCCUCCAACCCACAGUUCAUGCUCGCCUCUUCCUUCAUCUCCCAGUUCCUGCCCGCCUCUUCCUUCAUCUCCCACUACUUUCUCACAGUCCCAAUCACAAUGGAAAAAAGGGAAAUUGCUAGGGAGUGGUACAUUUGGCCAGGUUUACCUUGGAUUUAACAGUGAAAGUGGUCAGUUUUGUGCAAUUAAGGAGGUUCAAGUUAUUAUGGAUGAUCCACAUUCAAAGGAACGACUCAAACAAUUAAACCAGGAAAUAGAUAUGCUUAGGCAACUCUCGCACCCAAAUAUUGUGCAGUAUCAUGGAAGUGAUCUGACUGAUGACGCACUUUCCAUUUAUCUUGAGUAUGUUUCCGGGGGUUCAAUCCACAAAUUACUAAGAGAGUAUGGCCCUUUUAAGGAACCUGUGAUUCGUAAUUACACUGGUCAAAUUCUUGCUGGUCUUGCCUACUUACAUGGAAGGAACACUGUCCACAGAGAUAUCAAAGGAGCGAACAUACUUGUGGGCCCUAAUGGUGAAGUCAAACUUGCUGACUUUGGCAUGGCUAAGCAUAUAUCAUCUUUUGCUGAAAUACGCUCUUUCAAAGGAAGUCCUUACUGGAUGGCGCCUGAGGUUAUAAUGAACAGUAAAGGCUACAGUUUAGCAGUGGACAUUUGGAGUUUGGGAUGUACCAUUAUUGAGAUGGCAACGGCAAGACCUCCUUGGCAUCAAUAUGAGGGGGUAGCAGCAAUAUUUAAGAUUGCGAACAGUAAAGAUAUACCUGAAAUCCCAGACAGUUUUUCGGAGGAAGGGAAAAGUUUCUUGAAGCUUUGCUUAAAACGGAACCCAGCAUCUCGUGCCUCUGCAGCCCAGUUGAUGGAUCACCCUUUUGUUCUGGAUCAUCCUGCAGUCAAAGCUGCAAAAUCCAGUGCAUUGAGAAAUGCACUGUCUUCUCCAGCUGAUGUCAGGCUCGCAAUGUCCAACAGGGAGUUGCCAUCACGGAAGAUUAUUACUCCUCUGAGGGAUAUAGGACUGAGCGCGAGAGAUUUUACUGGAUUUUCCACUGCUGUUCCUUCACCGCGCAGCCCUAUUCCUGGGAGAACAAACAUGUCUAUGCCAGUUUCACCAUGCUCAAGCCCUCUACGGCAGUUUAAGCAAUCUAACAGGAGCUGCAUGCCCUCUCCACCUCACCCAAUGCUUUCCCCUGGUGCUGGCUACAACACAUUAAGUUAUGCCCAAAAUCAGACGAGGCGAAGUCCUACUGCCAUUUCUGAUCCUUGGCUGGAUGUUGGCCAGCUGAAACUCCAAAGCCCCUAUGGUUCCCCGAAAAGGUUCUGAGGGCGAGUUAUCAGAAAGAAAAUGAAGAAUCCGAUAUCUCCAUGACAAGUUAGUUAUUCAGAGAUGACUUGUGUAUAGUUACAACGAUACGAGACUUACCCCGGAUGUUCUGUACAGCGAAAAUCGGGCUCAUGAGGAAGGAAGUUGUAACAGGAACUUCUGUAUAUUCAUAGGGUCUGUUGUCGCCUGUCGGUUCCACUAUAUAGUUACAUAUACAUGAGUCCUGAUGUAAAUCCUCACAAAAUCUUACAGAUGAUUACGGGAUGCAAAUUCGUAAGUUUGCACGAGCUGAUAUCUCUGUGCAAGUAGAACCAGUUAUCACUUUCACUGCAGAUGUAACCAUGUCUUUACGAAUGAAUCGCUGAAAGAUACAGGUUA